CAAGUGGCAACCAUGCCUACUUUUUUCCUAAAAUGAACGUUAACCUAGCGGUUCGGAAUCUUCAAAAUUAUUGCAAUUACAAUAGAAUAUUGAAGCCGUUACAAUUGAACAAUGUUUCCAACAUAAGCAAAUGCAGAUGCUCGAUUUUAGCGAAUUCGUCCAGUUUCACAAAUAACAAUCAAAAUGGCAUGUCCCAAAAAAGGUUUUUUUCUGAUGAUAAAAUCAAGCCUCCCUCCAAGUUUCCGCAGCUGAUGCCAGAAACGCCGAUAUUCGUGUGGCCCUCGUUAUUUAAAACAAUCAGGAAUUUCAUUCUGGCCACGUUCAUCAUCAAGCCAUACUUUGAUAAAGAUUUUAACUUGAAGGAUUUUGUAGAUGCUUCAAAGAAGGCUGUAGAGGUAGUAUCAAGAAAACUGUCCGAGGGAGACCUCAAGUCUCUGGAAGGAUUAGUAACCAGCGAUCUGAUUCCCACUCUCCAGAAAACCAUUUCCUUGAUGUCCCUAGCGCAAAGAGAAGAAAUAGCUGUCAACGUUGACGAUAUUUACUUUUCUUUCCCGUACGAGGUGGGAAUAAUGUUCAGUGAUGAAGAGAACUCCAAGCGGUUCGUUGAAAUUACGAUGGUCUACCACAGCCUCAAAGGACUGGCCAGUAUGCGAUCCAGAGGUGAAGAACCCCCUUUGAACAUGGGCCUCUUCCCUGAAUACCAACGUAGGAUAUGUAUUAGCAAUUACAGAUUCACAAGAGAGUUUACGAAAGGGGUGGAUGGAGAUUGGACGGUGAACCUGCUGAACCACGUCAAACCUGGGGAUGAGGAGAGCUGAGAGUGAAAUUUCGUCGCUUUGUUAUUUGUAAGGGCCAAAAAGAUUGUUAUCCUGAUUUUCAAAGUUUUUAUUAGAUGUAAUCGAGUCAUUGAAUUAGGCAGUUAUUGUCGCAUGUGUACUAAUGUCUUCAUUAAAAAAUUACCGAGUU